UGGCAGGCAUAAUAGAGCUUUUAUUGAGCCGAGUUUGGAGCUGAGCAUCAGCCACUAAGACUGGAUUGUAAAAAAAAUUAUAUAAAAAAAAAAAUACAUAUAUGUGUGUGCUUUCGGGCUGAAACGCUUUGCCUUCUUGCAAACUUUUGCUCCCUUUUAUGAAGUCUUCAUGUCAAUAGCGAGCCCUGUGUACAGCUCCCUGCCCAGUGAGGCAGCCCUGUGUCUUUAAUCUGAAUCGAGGGGGAACACUGAAGGAGCAAGCAUCGCCCGAGGAGGAACUCUCACGUCACCCCCACUCCUCCCUGCGGAUAUGAGGCUGGGGGUGACUCUGCUCUGGCUGUGGACAGCAUUCUCCCCGCUCGAGGGGGUAGUGCCCCUGGAGGACUUCUAUCCUUUUGGCAUUGAGCAUGGGGACAGUAGGACAGUAAAGCAAGAUGAUGGUGGCUCAGGUCUAUUGGAGAUAUCAGUGAAUUUCCCCUUCUUCGGGGACAGGCACUCUGGGUUAUAUGUGAACAACAAUGGCCUGGUGUCAUUCCUUCGAGAAGUGUCUCAGUUUACACCUGUGGCAUUCCCAAUCGCAGGAGACAGACGAGUGGUGGCACCUUUCUGGGCAGAUGUGGAUAACCGCCGUGCAGGGGAGGUGUUUUACCGCGAGAGUAAGGACCCUGCCAUCCUUCAGAGGACGGCUGAUGACAUCCACCAAUACUUCCCUGAAUUCCCAAUGUUCACUGCUACCUGGGCACUGAUUGCGACAUGGUACCGAGUUACAUUCUUUGGUGGUAGCUCCUUCUCUCCGGUGAACACUUUCCAAGCAGUUCUUGUCACCAAUGGCAAUGUCUCUUUCACCAUCUUCCAGUAUGAGCACAUCACCUGGACCACAGGCAUGCAUACGAGCAGUGGAGGUGACUUUGCUGGACUAGGAGGGACAGCAGCCCAGGCAGGUUUCAACGCAGGAGACGGGACUCGCUAUUUUAACAUUCCUGGCUCACGUACAGAAGAUAUAGUGGAUGUGGAAGAGACAACUAAUGUGGGGGUUCCGGGACGCUGGGUGUUUCGCAUUGAUGAUGCCCAUGUGCAAAUGGGGGGCUGCAAUGAUUCAGCCUCUGUUUGUCAAAAUCUUCGGCCCUGUAUGAAUGGAGGCCACUGUAUUGAUGACUGUAUCACCGGCAACCCCUCAUACACAUGCUCCUGUCCUUCUGGCUACACAGGCAAAAAGUGCCAGUUAGAUAUUAAUGAAUGUGAAAGCAGUCCUUGCAUGAAUGGUGGAACUUGUAUAGAAGGAGUUGGCAAUUUCACCUGCUUAUGUGAACCUGGCUAUACUGGACCAAUGUGUGAAACAGAUGUGAAUGAAUGUGAAUGCAAUCCUUGUAAAAAUGGAGGGACAUGUGUUGAAGGAGCUGGAAAUUUCUCUUGCUUGUGCAAUCCUGGCUAUAAAGGGCUUACCUGUGAGACAGAUGUUGAUGAAUGUGAAAGCAGUCCCUGUGUAAAUGAGGGAACGUGUAUUGAUGGAGUGAACCAUUUCACUUGUGUGUGCAAAGUUGGCUACACAGGGCUUACCUGUGAGACAGAAGAGAAGGAUUCCUGUUCCCAAAAGCAGUGCCAAAAUGAAGGAUCUUGCUUAGAAGUUAAUGGUACAACGACCUGUGUCUGCAUCCUAGGAUUCACCGGGGAAUACUGUGAGGAAGAGAGAUGUCCUUGCCAAAAUGGAGGCUUCUGCAUAGAUGGCAAUUCCACCUGCGACUGUCCUUCUGGAUUCACGGGCGACGUCUGUGAGCUUGAAGUGACCCAGACAGCUUGCAGCCUCAGCAUACCUUGCCCAGGUGGUGGGCCAUGCAUGGAAUAUGGGGGGUCCUACCUGUGCACUUGUCAGACGGGAAUGAUUGAGGCAGAAAUACAGCCUUCUGCUUGUGAUUCAGCUCCCUGCUUACAUGGUGGUGUCUGUUUAGAGCGAGACAGUGGAUACAUUUGUGAAUGCAAUUUGGGCUACAGAGGAAAAAAUUGUGAACAAGUCAAACUCAGUGUUUGCGCAUCCAAUCCAUGUCGCAACGGAGGUUCAUGCCGGGGGGAUGGAGAUGGAUACCACUGUCUCUGUCCUUAUAGGUUCCAUGGAAAACACUGCGAAAUUGGAAAACCAGACCCUUGUUCAUCAAGCCCUUGCAUUAAUGGCGGAACUUGCUUCCAUUACAUUGGAAAGUACAAAUGUGAAUGUACUGCGGAUUUCACUGGAAGGCACUGUGAGAAUGGUCUGGAUGCUUGCCUCUCAAACCCCUGUAAACAUGGAGGCAACUGCACGGCAGAUACAGACGGGGCUUACCAAUGUCACUGUAAGUUUGGAUUCCGAGGGACACACUGUGAGACAGAGAUCAGCUGUGGUCCCCCAUCUCGUGUGAAGAACUCGCAGGUUCAGUACAGCUCCACUCAUCCCGGAUCAAGUGCCAUCUAUGUCUGCCACUCUGGUUACACACUCGUCCCGGAAUCCACAAUAAGCGUGUGCGGCAUUCACAGUUCCUGGAGUCAGCCUCCUAUUUGUGAAGAAAUCAAUGAAUGCCUCUCAGAGCCCUGCUUGAAUGGUGGGACCUGCAAAGAUCGUGUUGCUGCCUACAUCUGUACUUGUGAGAAUGGCUUUACUGGACCAAACUGUGAAACAGAGUUGGAUGAGUGCCUCUCCGAGCCUUGUAAACAUGGUGGAAUCUGUCUGGAUCAGCCCGGAGCUUACUUCUGUCAGUGUCCUGAGGGCUUUGUGGGCCAAGACUGUGAAGCAGAGGAAGAUACCUGUCUACUGCAGCCCUGUGGAAGCCGAGGUUAUUGCCGCAGUGAAAGCAGGGGAAGGUAUUCCUGCACAUGUAAAGUGGGACAUACUGGGAAAGACUGUGAGAAGGAGUUGUUUGCCCCAGCAGCUCUGCAAGUGAAGAAGCUUGAGGAGGAUGAGGUGGAAGUCAGCUGGAAAUCAGCAAACGCCUCCCAGAAGCUGAUUGAUGGCUUUGCUGUCACUUACACACCAGUUGGGGGUGGAGCAAGAAAGACAGACUUCCUUGACAAGCACCGUACUACUCACCUGCUGCGCUCACUCUUGCCUGGCCGCCUUUACAAUGUUUCUGUCUAUUCAGUGAAGCGCAAUACCAACAACAAUGACAUCAGCCAGUCUGUUGUCACUCUGGUGCGCACAAGGCCACACAAAGUGGAAGAGUUCCUGGUCACCAACGUAUCCACUUCCCGUGUUUGGAUGAAGUGGGUCCUUCGUCAGAGCAAGCAUUCAAUAGCUGAUGGUUUUCAGAUCUCAUUGAAAUCUGCUAAAAGCACAGAAGAAACUUCUGUUUUAUUGAAUUCCAGCAUCAAGGAGCACAGCAUUGGAUCUCUUGUUCCAGGGCAGAUGUACACCGUGGAUAUCGUGACUCAGAGUGGUCUCAAACCUGAACAGCUUCCAACAGUUAGCCAGUCGGCUGGACCAAUCCGUCUCUGGACUAGGCCUUUACCUCCUCAAAACUUUUCAAUGGCUUUCAUUACAAUGACAACGGCCCAGGUGACCUGGAACCAGCCACACACUGGUUUUCUUGAUGGCUACGUGAUCAACAUCACUUUUGGGCACACCACCAAAAGUCGGUAUUUGCCCAACAGACGAAUGACCUCUUACACAGUUCGGGAUCUUUCACCCAUGCAGCAGUACCGCUUAGCCCUUACAGCCGUGAUCAAUACAGACCAUGAACAGCUCCACAGUGCUCCCAUGUACCUCAACUUCACUACUAUGCAAUCUGAUGAAAGCACAAGAAGACGAGAAGCUACAGAAACACGAAGAGAGCCCCAGACAGUAAAACACAGAGCACCUAGCACUCAACCCCUUCCAGCCAUCCAGCUGCAACCUGUGGUCACGGCCAACAGGGAAAACUCAGAAGAGGUCCCCAGGUAUACAGAGCUGAUAGAUGGACGACAACGGAUCACUGCGAAAUUUGGAAAUAUACAGAAAAAGGCUAUAGUACACCGUCCCCGACCUGAGCCACCAAUCAAGUUAGACAUGGUUGAAGAAACUACCAACAAGGUCGGCCUGGCCCUUCAGGCUCCAGAAGAAGAAAAGCAAACAAAUACAGAGGAGCAGAGUGACUGUAAAACAAACCCCUGUAGAAAUGGAGGGACAUGUGUCAAAGAGCCUGACUCCUACUCCUGUGACUGCAGCAUUGGAUAUAAGGGGAAACACUGUGAACUCUUUUGCCAGAGAGUUCCUCACCCCUGCACUCGGCUCUAUUCAGAAACAAAGACUAUUCAGGUUUGGAAGCGCAACGUCUGCCAUUACCAGUAUAAGCGUACAUAUAAAGUCCAUCAAGAUGUGUGCUACAGGGAGAUCUGUGAGCCUGUCAUUACAAAGAAGUCUCCACGGGACAGACGGACCAACAGGCACAAGUAAAGCAUAGGGAGGUGUCCCUAUGGAAGGAAAAAAUAAAAAUCACAUGGGACUGAUGUUCCUCAGCAACCCACUGGAAUGUUUGAUUGACUCCCUGAGAUGACUGGUGAACUGGAAUCACACUCUUCAUUAAAAAGACACACUUUUUGCUGAUUUUACAGCAAAUGAAGAACGUUUUAACAAAUGAAGAAAAACACAUCUAUAAAAUCAGAAUCUUUGGACAAACCUUUCUUUAGCUCUUCAUGCUCAGAAUAGAUUUAUUGUUGUGUUUUUCAUAAAAACUGCAGCUUCUUGGUGGUGGUGGGGGGGGGCUAUUUUUAUCUUUCAAAAUGUGCUUCAUUGAAUCACCAAUAAAUCAAAAUAACGGUGUUUUGAACUCAAAUAAUCAGCCUAUGACAGAGCUGGAUGGCCUCCAGGCUUCAAAAAAGCAAAUGCUAUUAAACAAAUACUACUGAUGGACUGCAGAACGCAUCAUUCAAUCUUCAAAACUCAGAAACAAGGAUUUACAGCUGCUUUUUUUUUGCCCAGGCAGAGGAUGACCCACAUCUGUAAUAAAACAUUUUGUUCAUUACUCCCCAUUAAUUAGUAAACAAUAAAAUAUUUUAAAAAUACUUUGAUGGUUAA